CAUUGAUCUGCAUUUCUACAAUUUAGUGUUAGCUUUUCCUAAACUCUUCUUUCGCAGGAGCAUCCGUGCUCUACCUUCUUCCUUCUUCUCUCUUUUUAUGAUUAGAACUUGAACUUGACCCUUGGAUCUCGAUCGACAUUUUCGUAUAGCUGAUAGAGCAUUUGUGCACUCUUGACGGGCGCGUGUACCGUGACGGACGUCCAUUUGCCCAUGGUCCGUGUGGAAUGUUGUAUCGAUGUCGAAUCAUCGACUUCGCAACUUUCGGCCACCACUGCCAACAUUUCCUCGACAAAUGCCCCUUCGUUGGCUCCGACAAUUUUCAUGGUAAAGUCACAAGGAUACUCAACCAGUGCUUCAAAGACGCGAGAUUUUUCUCCCGUUUCUUCGUCCGCAUAGAGUGUGUAUCCCUGAUCGUCAUAUUCUGGUUUGGUGACAUCAUUGAGUGGUUUGUUGUUGUCGGGUUCUCCAAUGCCAAUGUACGGUUUGGACGGUUUCUUCAUUUUGCUGUCUUUGGAAGAACCUUUUUUGACGGAAAAGCCACCAAAUCCGACGCCUGCUUGGGACGUGGGGACUCCAUUGAUGGUACUGGGCUGCGAUGCCAAACUAGGAGCAUUUCGUUGCUUCAAUAGCCGUUGGAGACUCUCUUCCAAAUCUUCUUCUUCCUUCUUGUCAUUGUCAUUAUCAUUGUUAUCGUUAUCUUCUGAAGGAACCGGAUUGAAAAAGGUACCUGACGGCUUGGCAUCCACCACCACAAGGCUACCCACACCACCACGAGUGCUUGUGGAAUGAGACGGAAGAAACGCCUCUGUGGCCACACAUAGCAAAUGGAUGGCACACACCAUUCCCAGUGGAGAUCUACUCUUUCCAGUCAUCAUCUUGGCUUUCACUCCUGUUGAGAAUCAAGCCAACGAAAGAAAAUUUGUGCAAUAGAAAAUAUCUAUUACAAACCAAUGCUUCAACAGGUAGGUGAGCAGAGGAUACAGUAUGGUGUCUGUCUUCAAGCCUGAUGGCAAUCUGUCGUUGGUUGGUUCUGGCAAGCAGAAUUUUGUUUUGGUCAAAGAAUGAUCCCAGCUGGUUGUCAAGCCUUCAAAGUUCUGUGGGUCGUCUCAGAAUUGUUGGAGGUUGUUGUCUCCCCUGUGACGUCAUAUUUUUGGAUGGACGAAAGAGCAGACAGAAUCAAAUCUCUAACCUUACUGUACUCCGCUUUGUUGCCAGAUCUUUUGCAAUUCGUGAUGUCUUUUGAUCGUGCAUGCCUCACUGGUACCACUUCCUUGCCGUCACCAGUCAAACUUUGCCAGAUCCUUCCGUCUUGUCUUCUUUGCCAGAUCCUUCCACUCUGGCGCAAUGCCAUGCCAAUACCGGUGGUACCAUCGAACAGAUGAGCCUCAACACAGAUAGAUGAGCUUCACAAUAUAACAUCCGUCUAUGAGGUUGCAUCAAGUCAAGAAGUCAAUCAAUCAAUCAAUCAAUCAAUCAAUCAGGAGACAUGAUGAUGCGCCAACGAGGCACUGCUGCCGUCGAGGCGAGGUCAGAUGGUGAUCUUACCUCUCUUCCGGAGAGGUCGCCACAUAGACACCACAAGAGAUCCAGGCGCUUGUUGGAAGCUUCUCCCGCUUCCAUUGUCACUACUGUCCUGGCCCUUACGGCAAUGUUGGUUUUGGUCCUCUCCCCAUCAACCACUACUUCUGCCUUGCGCAAGCUCUCGGCAGCUCCAUCAUACUACUUGAGGGAAGAUGAUGGCCCUCCUUCGGAUCUGGUGGUUCAUGGCAAGCGGGACUAUUACACUCCCUGUCCUCCUGAAUUCCGAAAGCGUGCUUGGGCCGGUUUUGACAAAGAUACCAAUGUAGUUCGUGCCUUUCGAUCACAAGGGUGGUAUGCCCAGAGUGAAGACGAUGUCAGUUGGGACGACAAGAAAGCCAUUGCCACCUACAGGGUCUUGUACAUGCGAAAAUCAAGGCAUAAGAGAGAUUUUGCCGUGGGUCUGCCAUGGCAACGAUUCAGUCGUAUUCCCGGGGGUACUCUCUUGGGACCAAAGGAUUCCUUUUUCAAACGACUGAAUACCAUGCAAACACAGUACGAUGCCACUCACGAUGAUGGCCGAAAUCUCAUCUACUUUCUUCCGGAAACCUAUCAAUUGGAACAAGAACAUGAUCGUAAUAUGUUUACGUCGAGAAUUCUGGAAGAAAAGAAAAUGGGACGCAAUCGACCAUGGGUAUUGAAAAAGGCCAAAAUCAACAAUGGCCGUGGAAUUGAAAUGCUACCGCCCGACUCUCCAGCCCUCUACAGUGCUGCAGCGAGAGCCAAGGAAGAUGACGACAACAACUACAUUGUGCAAUCCUAUGUUUGCAAUGAACUGACAUGGUUCAAUGGCAAAAAGUUUGAUCUCAGGUUCUAUUGGCUCGUUGCCAGUGUGGACCCAUUGAUUGUCCUCUACCAUGAUGGAUAUGCACGUGUUGCAGGGGCCGUGUACAAUGAAUCCGACUGGGGAUCUACAGGGCAGCAUCUGACCAACCAUGAGUACCGAACAGCAAUGGGAGUGCCCACGGAUGAGGAUGUCAUGUGGGAUGCACUCUGGCGAAGAGUGAGAGAACACUAUAAUGCCGACUAUGCCCGACUGUCCAAACUGAUUGUUGGUGAUGACCCGGUUAGGCAUGUGCGCAAUCAGAUCAAAGAGGCCAUUAGUGCAACAGUGGAAGCGUUCAAAGACUCAAUGCCCGCAAAGAAAGAAAGCACCCCAAUAACCACAGAGAAUCUGUUUGCAUUCUAUGGUUCCGAUUUUAUCAUUGACGCUGACUUGGAUGUUUACUGUCUCGAGGCUCAAACAAGUCCAGGACUGGGGCAGAGUUAUGAUUUCCGAAUUGAUAUGUUUCGAAAGCUUUUUCGCCCCAUGGUCAACAUUGUCGAAGAAAUUGCUGACAAGCAGGAAAAGGAUGCAAAGGCAAACCUGUUGCCUAUCAAGUCACUGGAAGACUAUGAGAUUGUUUAUGCAGAUGGAUGGCGAUAUCAAUUCAAAGGCUAUGAACGGCAGAAAGAUAAGAAGGGAUGCCAGCUGUCCCCAAGUGAAUGAGUUGAUGGCAGAGGUGGGAGCAAUGUGGUUUGUUUUGGCAGCAGACCAAUUAGCCCAGCACCAAAAUGGGUUCCGAUUGAUCGUUCCUGCUGUCGAUUGUUCUGGCUAGCUAGAAGCCGUAGUGGCACUUCUUUAGAAACACAGAUUCGAAUUUUCUUUUUGAUUUGCUUUGAUGGCGUUGUGCGUGGAGACGAGACCUCGAGCUAGCUACUGUACCGGUGGUACUGGCUACUAGCUACCGGUAGCCAGCUAGACCUCGAGCUAGCUAUUGUACCGGUGGUACCAGGUACUGGCUAGCUCGCUAGAAGGCUCGUAAUUUGGAUGGACAGACUCCACCAAAUCGCUAACCUUACUGCACAAUCAUUCUUUUUUGCCAGAUUUUUCUUGACCACAACGGGGGAUCUUUGGACGUGCGUUCAAUUUGGCUCCUCCAUACCGGAGCCCUCGACACCGUGAGAGGCAAAUGACAAGUCGUACAAAUCAAACUUUGCCAGUUCCUUUCCUCUUGUCCUUUCUUCCAGACUCUCUACCGGUAUCUUCUUUGCCAGAUCCUUCCAC